AUGAUUCCUCUCGUCCCUCUUACCCUCCUCUUCUCCCUGCUGCCAAACGCUCGAGCAGCGCCACCUGAUGACUUUCCAGGUGACGAGAUUCCUUACCGAGUGAUCCCAACUGAUAUUGCCCUACCUGAGAACUUUCUAGGAACUUGGCUCUAUAAAUAUGUUAAGUGUAACCAAAACUUCGGCCCUGGGGCGAAGGAUAAAAUCGACAACGCCUAUUUCGAUGCGUGGGUUAUGUCAAAUACCGCCGGGGUGGCGUCGAAUAUCGAUUGGAAUAGCGCAGCAGCUUUAGAGUUUCUCGGUGCUCCUGGACAGAAUAAACAUCAACAAGCUCAAAUCCAGGCCGUCCUUGCAAACGUAGCAACGAUGAUCUACAGCUACAAAAAUCUCUUCCAGCAUUACAUCAAGGUCAGAUGUGAUGAUCCUGCCAAGUUAUGCCAGAACCGACCAGAUAACAACCCAUGCCAGCCUAACCCACCUAACCCAGACCAGAAGCCGCUGUCGCCACCUCUUGCAUAUGCCAAGUGCAUUCUUACUCGCUGGCAAGGCAACCCGACGGUUGGCACUGCCGGAUACUAUGUUCAGCGGAAUGCUGAUAACCUAGCAUACUACGCAUUAGCAAAGUAUGUCAUGACAAAGAAUGACAAUAUAUACCCCCACCUACCUAUCGUUACAUACGAGCUAGCUAGUCCCCCAUACCCUACGAUCCCGACGAGUUCGCUGGCUAUUUUCAUCACCGAGGAUAGUACUUUCUACUUGAACACUACCGAGGGUCUUUCAGCCUGGGAACUUUAUCCCGGCGAAGACUAUCCGGGCUGUUCGGAUAAUGCCAACGACCCCCAAGGCAUCAAUUCCCUUCUCGCCAUCAAUGGAUUUACCCCGGCCUCGGCCUAUCCGGAUAGUUAUAACAGAGAGCAGAUUGCGAUCGCGUCUUAUAUUAAUCCACUCGGAGACCCGGCGUCGUGGUCGCGACUUUUCACGUACGAUACGGGGAAGCUCAGCGUUCUAGUCGCCAAUGUCUUAAACGGUCCAGAUUAUGUUGUCGACCCAGCCUGGAAAUCCGUGAUUGACCAAGCCGCAAGUCAAGGCAAGACAAUUAUUGGUUAUGUACGGACUGGGUACCUUGGCGUAAGCCAACAACGAUUUACGACUCGGCUGGGCUCGCAUGACCUUGCAGACUGGGCUUCGCAGAUUGAACAAGAUAUCGACAAAUGGUACGAGCUGUACGGUUCCAGCCUUGGCGGCAUCUUCUUUGACGAAGGUUGGCCAGAAUGCGGCCCGAACAACAUUUAUGCGGACCUAUACACGUACAUCAACAACUACACCAAGCGAAAACACCCCGGUGCUUUCACAGUCCUCAACCCUGGGUCGCCGAUUGCUCAAUGUUACGAAAACACAAUGGAUGCGCUGUUGACAUUCGAAAACAGCUACGAGAGCUACCAAUCCUCAUUCGUGCCCAACGACUGGACGCCUAAGGAUCCCCGAAAGAUAUGGCACAUCAUCUACCGGGUACCACAGGAUAAGAUUGCUACCGUUGCCGCCCUUGCUCGGAGUCGUCAUGCAGGCCUACUGGAAAUUACCGAUGAUGACAAUCCCAACCCGUACGACAACCUACCUAACGACGCCUAUAUGCAAGCGGUCCUCAACGCCGUGCCCGGUGGCAAGCCUAGAAUUGACGACCCAGCUAAGUUCGCCGGCUCCUAUGUUGCUGGUCUUCCUAGUAAUGCCGCGGUCUCCUCUUCUGAUUAUAGCUCUGUCACCUUGACUUGGUCAUCCGUCGGGAAUGCUCUUGGCUAUGCGGUGUAUAAAAAUGGCGCACUGCUUCCGGUGGCGGGGGUAGCUCCCGGUUAA